AUAUGAAUACUCCUACUUACUCUUCUUUCUGACUCUACCAUAUAUUCUGGAUAGAGCUAGCACAAAGUUAUUCUUUGAGGUGGGCUUGUGUUGUUGUAUUUACAUAUUGGAAGAUGGGAAAGUCUCAUUUUGUCUUGCUUUUUGUUCUGCUUAUCAAUAAUGGAGCCAUGUCUGCCAGAACAACUCCAGAUGGAUCAGAGCAGUGGGGUUAUGUUGAAGUGAGACCUAAAGCUCACAUGUUCUGGUGGUAUUAUAGAAGUCCACAGAGGACCCAAGAUCCAAAUAAACCAUGGCCUGUUAUUCUGUGGUUGCAGGGUGGACCUGGUGCCUCAGGAGUUGGAAUAGGAAACUUUGAGGAGGUUGGGCCAUUGGAUACUUUUUUGAAGCCAAGAAACUCAACAUGGUUGCAAAAGGCUGAUCUUUUGUUUGUGGAUAAUCCGGUUGGGACUGGAUAUAGUUUUGUGGAGGACAAGAGUUUGUUUGUGAAAACUGAUGAAGAGGCUGCUGCAGAUUUAACUGCAUUGCUAAUUUCAGUUUUCAAUCGCGAUCAAGUCCUCCAGAAGAGCCCUUUAUAUAUAGUAGCAGAAUCUUAUGGAGGUAAAUAUGCUGUCACUCUUGGAUUAUCAGCUCUAAAGGCUAUUGAAGCUGGCAAAUUAAAGCUCAGACUUGGAGGAAUUGCACUGGGAGAUAGUUGGAUCUCACCCGAAGAUUUCGUGUUUUCAUGGGCUCCUCUUCUUAAAGAUGUUUCGAGGCUUGAUACAAGUGGUGUAGAUAAAUCAAACAGGCUUACGCAGAAAAUCAAGCAGCAGAUUAGUGAAGGACAAUAUGAAGCUGCAACUAAUUCAUGGAGUGAACUUGAGAAUGUUAUUAUAUCCUACAGUAAUUCUGUGGACUUCUACAAUUUUCUCUUGGACUCGGGAAUGGACCCUGUGUCUGCAACAGCAGCCGAGUUAUCUCAGAAAAAGAUCUUUUUGAAGCGAUACUCAAGAUAUCUCGAUUCCUCAAGGGCUUUGCCGGGUGGUGAUGGUGAUUUAGACACUUUAAUGAAUGAUAUUCUUCGGAAAAAACUCAAGAUAAUACCGAAAAAUGUGCAAUGGGGAGGACAAUCCGAUCUUGUUUUUUCAGCUCUUGCUGGAGAUUUCAUGAAGCCAAGGAUUAGUGAGGUUGAUGAGCUUUUGGCAAAAGGAGUAAAUGUGACCAUUUAUAAUGGACAACUUGAUGUGAUUUGUUCAACCAAAGGAACUCAAGCAUGGGUAGAAAAGCUAAAGUGGGAAGGCAUACAAAGUUUCUUGAGCAUGGAGAGAAGUCCAUUGUACUGUGGGGAUGGAUCAGCUACAAAAGCUUUCACCAAGUCCUACAGAAAUUUACGCUUUUACUGGAUUCUUAAAGCCGGACACUUUGUACCUGUAGAUGAGCCCUGUGUGUCACUUAACAUGGUGGGUAACAUUACACAGUCUCCGGCUGAAACUAUGUAGACUGUAGGAGCAGUAGCAUAAACAAACAAACAAAAAACAAGAUGAGAUACACACGAACAAAGGAUAUAUACAUGUAAGUAUAUGACACUAUUUGUGUAUGUUUGGCAUUCAAGUCUGGAGUUGGAGAGAGGACUCAAGAUACAAGUCAAUGGACGUGUCAAUCGGCAGUAUAGUCCUCACAAAUUAUUUUACUCAUGUCUUAAGAGCAUCUCCAAUAGCCUCCUUGUUGAUUCCUAUAUAUAAUGUAAAAAAUGUGGUUCUUAGUAAUUUAAGACAAAGUUAAGAGUGUAAACUCCAACAAUACUCUCUACAUCUCUUCUCUAUUUCAUAUUUUAUUUUAAUCA